GACAAACUCACUUGUCGCUCGGUCGCUCCACAGUUCGUAUAUACAUUGUAUUAAUUCUCAUUCUCUCUGCAAUCCCUCUUCCGUCCUCCUGUGCCUGUGCCGAGAACAAUUAAGAGAUGGCAGAGGCGCAAAAAAUUGUUGUUCCAAAAGUGAAAUUGGGGAAUCAGGGACUCCAGGUAUCUAAGUUGGGUUUUGGCUGUAUGGGUCUGACUGGAAUCUACAAUGAUCCCGUACCCGAUGAAGUUGGCAUAUCAGUCAUCAAGCAUGCAUUCGACAAAGGAAUUACCCAUUUUGAUACAUCAGACAUAUAUGGGGCCAAUCAUGCUAAUGAAAUUUUAGUUGGAAAGGCACUAAAGCAGUUGCCUCGAGAAGAGAUCCAGUUGGCCACAAAGUUUGGACUAGUCAGAUUUGGAUCUGAUACUAUUGAAGUAAAAGGAACUCCUGAGUAUGUCCGGGCCUGUUGUCUAUCUAGCCUUAAGCGGCUUGAUGUGGAAUACAUUGAUCUCUACUAUGUACAUCGAAUUGACACAUCUGUGCCCAUAGAGGACACUAUGGGGGAGCUAAAGAAGUUGGUGGAAGAAGGAAAAAUCAAGUAUAUUGGGCUAUCUGAAGCUAGUCCAGACACCAUAAGAAGAGCACAUGCUGUUCAUCCAAUUACUGCUCUACAGAUGGAGUGGUCACUGUGGACUCGUGAUAUUGAGGAUGAAAUAGUCCCUCUGUGCAGGGAACUUGGAAUUGGAAUAGUCCCAUACAGUCCUCUAGGCCGUGGAAUUUUUGGUGGGAAGGCAAUUGUCGAAAGUGUGCCGGCAAAUAGUUUUCUGGAAUCACAUCCAAGGCUUCAAGGAGAGAACUUUGAGAAGAACAAGGUAUUAUAUAAUCGCUUGGAGAGGUUAUCUGAAAAGCAUGGAUGCUCCCCUGCCCAACUUGGACUUUCUUGGGUUCUUCAUCAAGGGGAUGAUGUAGCACCUAUCCCUGGGACAACUAAGAUUAAAAAUCUUGAUCAUAAUAUUGGUUCCUUAAACGUGAAGCUGACAAAAGAAGAUUUGAAUGAAAUCUGUGAUGCUAUACCCGUCCACGAGGUGGCUGGGCCGAGAGUACCAGACUAUAUCUAUAGCUGCUCAUACAAGUUUGCUAACACACCUGCAAAACUCGGCAAGAGUACACCAGCUUAACGUGUAGUCUGUGCGCAUGUUUCCCGUUAUAUAUGCCAAUGAAGCACUGUCUAAGUUAUGGUUAGAGAAGCUUUUCUUUCGAUGUGCUACUAAAUGUUGCUAUGUUGUUGAAGGGAGUAGUUAGUUUUUCUCUUUUCUAUUUGUAAUAUUUGCAAUUUCUACUCUGAGAAGGUUCUAUUAAAUUCAAUAAAAAUUUACAAAUUAUACUA